AUGAAGAGUGUAACUUUAGACAAUUGGCAAUAUAAAGCCAGUGAUAGUGACAAAUGGAGCAACAGUAAGCCUGGAGAUACAUGUGAGAUACAUCCGGAUUUGGAAUUUAACGGAGAAAUUCCUCCUUUAUUUGAAGACGAUAAUGAAAGACAUCUUCAAUGGAUCGGUGAGAAAGAUUGGGAAUAUAAAUCCACCUUCCAAAAUGAUGGUGGGUUUUCUACGUAUCAAUUGAUUUUUGAAGGUUUGGAUACAUUUGCUGAUGUUUACUUGAACGGAGAAUUGAUCUUAUCCACUGAAAGUAUGUUUAUUGAAUAUACCGUUGAUGUUACUGGUAAAGUCAAGGAAGGAGCCAAUGAAUUGAGAAUUUACUUUAAAGCCGCCAUUUUCAUAGCCAGAGACCUUGAAAAGAAACAUUUCAAAGCCCUUGGGUUCAAUGGGGAGAGUAGUAGAAUGCAAAUCAGAAAAGCUCAGUACCAUUAUGGUUGGGAUUGGGGUCCAAACUAUAUGACAUGUGGACCUUAUAGACCUAUAAGGUUCAUUGGCUAUGAUUACAAGAUCGAUGAUGUUUAUGUGAAAACCACAAUCAAAUCCGAUGUGGUUGAUGUAGAGGUAGAAUCGGACAUUAUCGCCGACAAAGAUUUAACCUUUAAUAUUGAAGUCACUGAUCCAGAUGGGAGUGUUGAAAACCAUAAAGCUACUGUACACAAAGGUAAAAAUUCAACCAAAUUCACCAUUAAAGAUGCUAAACUUUGGUUCCCUUUCAGUCACGGGACUCCUUAUUUGUAUAACUUCAAGUUCACUUUAGUUGAUGAUAAAGUGGUGCACGAGAUCCAAAAAAAGAUCGGUAUGAGGAAGGUUGAACUCAUCCAAGAGACUUUUGAUGACCAGGAAGGAACCUCUUUCUAUUUCAAGGUCAAUGAUGUUCCUAUCUACUCUUCAGGAUCUAAUUGGAUUCCGGGCCAUUCCUUCCAAACGGAAUUGACCACUGAUGAUUAUGAAAAAUGGUUACAGUUAAUGGUUGACGGGUACCAGAACAUGAUCAGAAUCUGGGGUGGUGGUUACUACGAACAAGAUGUGUUCUAUGAUCUCUGUGAUGAGAAAGGUAUUCUUAUCUGGCACGAUUUCAUGUUCGCCUGUGGUCAAUACCCAGGGUACAAGGAAUUCAUUGAUUUGGUGUCAGAAGAAGUUAGAACUCAACUUAAGAGGAUCAGAAACCAUUGCUCUUUAACCGUAUUUGCCGGUAACAAUGAAGACUAUCAAGUAGCUGAACAAAGGGGGUUGACUUGGGAUAAAGAUGACUUAUCUGGUGAUUACUCCAAAACAAAUUUCCCUGCUAGAACCAUCUACGAAAACACUUUACCUACUUUGAUGAAGAAGUACUUGGAAUCAGUUCCUUACCAUCCAGGAUCUCCUUGGGGUGGCAAAGAAAGUGCCGACCCUACUGUUGGAGACAUGCAUCAAUGGAAUGUGUGGCACGGCAAUCAAGAAAAGUAUCAAGACUGGUAUAGAUUGGGUGGAAGGUUCGUAUCGGAAUUUGGUAUGGAGGCGUUACCUAGUAGGAAGACUUAUGAACAAUGUAUCACCGACAAGACCGAACUUUACCCUCAAUCAUAUCUUGUUGACUUCCACAAUAAGGCCGACGGCUUUGAAAGAAGAUUGGCAUUAUACGUUAUAGAAAACAUCAAAGUAGAAGGGCUUGAUUUCGAUUCCUGGAUCUAUGCUACCCAAUUGAUGCAAUCUGAAUGUCUUGGGUAUGCUUACAGAUGCUGGAGACGUGAAUGGAGAGGUGACAAGAAGAGAUAUUCAUCUGGGGCCAUUGUUUGGCAGAUCAACGAUUGUUGGCCAGUAGCUUCAUGGGCUUUAAUUGAUUUCUAUAGACGUCCUAAAUUGGCAUACUACUCCGUGAAGAGAGAAUCAAAACCUUUGGGUGUAGGUAUGUACAGAAACCAAUGGAAGAAACCAGACCCUAAUUUGGAUGUUGAUCAAAAGGAAGGUGCACCUUUCGACUACAGAGAAGUUCAUUAUAAUAUUGAUAUCUGGGGAGUGAAUUCUUCAUUAACUGACGUUGAAGGAGAAUUGAAGGUAGACGUUUACAAUGUUACCACUGGAGAAGUAUUGGAUAGCUUCAGCGAAAACGUGGUAAUGAAAUCCAACCAAACCACCGAAUUUGUUAAGGAAUUCAAAAUCACCAAUAAGUCGCCGGUAGUUGUUUAUAGUAGAGUUGUUAAAGACGGAACCAUCAUUUGUAGUGCUGCAGAUUGGCCACAACCUAUCAAAUACUUGAAGUUUCCCGAUAGAGAGGUUAAAAUCACCGUUGAAGAUGGACAAGUUACAUUAUCAACCAAUAAACCUGUCAAGGGAGUUGAAAUCCUUUUGGAAAACGAUAAUUUCAUUCAUGAUAAUGGAUUUGAUAUCUUCCCUGGGGAUGGACAGGUAGUUAAAGUCAAUAAUUUGAAGAAAACUGAUGUCGUUAAGAUCAAUUACUAUCAAAAGGGCUAUUAA